AUGACGAUGGCACUGAUCCUUGCCGCUUUGGCACUUGCGGUGGCUACUGUGAUGGGCAUGGUAGCCGCUGCCGUUCUUGCAUACUUUUGUUGGAACGGUGCAAUGUGGUUUUUGGAAUCCAAUGGUGGUCAUUCCAAUGUGCCUGUCCACGCCGAUCAGAGGAACGAUGCAAUGAACUCUUGGAAUGGCAACCCAGCUCUUCAAGUUCUUCCAAAUGGACGGGGUGCAACGGGAAUCGUGCCUAUGAACCAUGAAAUGGUUUGGACAGGCAACAUGAUGUCGCCGCAGGUCAAUGCGCCCAUGGAAAAGAACCGAUACCAGCACCAAGAGCUUGCCAAACAUUUCCUCAGCAGUCAAUCUGCGCGUCCUGCAGUGGAGGAAGGGUACGAAUCACCGCUGCCGAACAAGAAGAAAGUGCACAGUGCGGAAGAUUUGAGUCCAGCUGCUGUACAAAUGCGCGGCCAAAACAGCAGAAAGCAAGCGACAGUUUCGUUCGAAGACUUGCAGCGGGGUUAUGCAGCCCAUUUUGCCUUCUGGUUUAAUGGUGACCUCGAUUAUCAUUUUGGAAACGUGCGUGCCGUGUCGGACGCUUCAGCAGACGAGAGUGAGUUGUGGUGCUGA